UCCGAGAAUGCAGGAGUGAUUGUCCUCCCCCCCUCUCUCUCUAGGGUUUCGGGGGAUCACAGUAUUUCUUCUUCUUUGGGUGCUUUGACUCCUUUGACAAUUUCAUUACGCGAUUGUGCGCCAUUGAAUUUUUUUUGGCAUUUGGGGUUGAAUGGUUUGGUGGGUUUUGGGGGAGAUUCGGUUUGUGUAUCGUGUUAUGUAGAGGGAUGGUAUAUAGUGAUUUGAGAUAGCAUUGGGCUUGAAGUGAAGGAAAUGGAUUCAGCGAGGAGUUGGCUUCAGAAGCUUCAACCGCGGGACAAGUUGAGGGCUUCGACAAAGAGGAAGGAGGGUAAUAGUGAAGGGAAGGGUGGGGAUCCGGAUGUGCAGGGCAGUGCAGAAGCGCUUUCCAAUGUCACGAAGCAGAAGGUUGCUGCUGCAAAGCAGUAUAUCGAGAACCAUUACAAGGAGCAAAUGAAGAGCCUGCAGGAGAGGAAGGAGCGACGGAAUAUACUGGAAAAGAAGUUGGCUGAUGCUGAUGUCUCCGAGGAAGAUCAAAACAACCUACUUAAAUUUUUGGAGAAGAAGGAAACUGAGUACAUGCGCCUUCAAAGGCAUAAAAUGGGUGCUGAUGAUUUUGAGUUAUUGACGAUGAUUGGAAAAGGUGCAUUUGGAGAGGUUAGAAUUUGUCGGGAGAAGACCACAGAUCAUGUAUAUGCUAUGAAAAAACUUAAGAAAUCAGAGAUGCUUCGUAGAGGCCAGGUUGAGCAUGUGAAGGCUGAAAGGAAUCUGCUUGCGGAGGUUGACAGCAAUUGCAUCGUCAAACUCUACUGUUCUUUUCAAGAUGAUGAGUUUCUUUAUCUUAUUAUGGAGUAUCUACCUGGUGGAGAUAUGAUGACUUUACUUAUGAGAAAGGAUACCUUGACUGAAGACGAAGCCAGAUUUUAUGUUGCGGAAACAGUUCUGGCUAUUGAAUCUAUCCAUAAACACAAUUACAUUCAUAGGGAUAUCAAGCCUGAUAACUUGCUACUUGAUAGACAUGGACACUUGAGACUGUCAGAUUUUGGACUAUGUAAACCAUUAGACUGUAGUACACUCCAAGAACAGGACUUUUCAAUGGCAAACAAUGCUAACGGGGCUGCACAGAAUGAUGGACGCCCUCCAGCUCCAAAACGCACACAGCAAGAGCAACUACAGCAUUGGCAAAAGAAUAGAAGAACUCUUGCUUAUUCUACUGUUGGUACACCUGACUAUAUUGCUCCAGAAGUUUUGUUGAAGAAAGGUUAUGGGUUGGAAUGUGAUUGGUGGUCACUUGGGGCUAUUAUGUAUGAAAUGCUCGUGGGUUACCCGCCUUUCUACUCUGAUGAUCCCAUGUCAACAUGUAGGAAGAUAGUAAAUUGGAGAACUCAUUUGAAGUUUCCUGAGGAAGCAAAGCUAUCUCCAGAGGCAAAAGAUCUUAUUAGUAAACUUUUGUGUAAUGUAAACCAGAGGUUAGGCUCAAAAGGCGCAAAUGAAAUAAAGGCUCAUCUGUGGUUUAAUGGUAUUGAUUGGGACAAGAUAUAUCAAAUAGAAGCUGCAUUUCUUCCUGAGGUCAAUGAUGAGUUGGACACUCAAAAUUUUGAAAAGUUCGAUGAGUCUGAUAACCAGGGUCAGGGUUCAACGAAAACUGGUCCAUGGAGAAAGAUGCUCUCGUCUAAGGACAUCAAUUUUGUGGGUUACACGUAUAAGAACUUUGAAAUUGUCAAUGAUUACCAAGUGCCUGGGAUCGCUGAGUUGAAGAAGAAACCCAACAAACCAAAGAGGCCGUCCAUCAAGUCACUUUUUGAGGUUGAGUCUGAAACAUCGGAAACAUCUGAGAUAUCCGACGUAUCUGCAGCCAGUCAACCUGUACAAGGGAGCUUUUUGAAUCUCUUGCCUCCCCAACUAGUAGUAUCUGAAAAUCAGAAUAAAUCCUCCUAACUCUGAUUUUUCUCUAUACGAGUAGCUCCAGCUCAUAAGUCCAACGCAUUUUGACUUCCAAGUAAUUAGGUGUAAUUCUUGGGUUCUGCAUUUGCUGCAUUUGAAGUCGGUGUAGCAGCAUGGAACUGAGGGUUUGUUUGAAAACUCAAGCUUUGAAGUGUGAAGAAAGUAUGCUGGUUUUGAAGCUACUAAUCAGCUUUGAGCCUCUUGGAUAAGAAUCCUGUAACUUUUUCUGUUACUAAAGAUUAAGUAAAACUGAGAAGUAAAUACUAAUUCUUUCACACUGACAUGUAUUUUUUUUUUUGUUAAUCUGUUCAAUAGUGUACAAAGUCACUGCCACUCAUUACCAUGUAUACGUUGUGUUUUUUGUUGGAUUAAAUGAUAUAAAUU